AUUCGAGAAAUCCAUAUCGGGCCGGAAUAUAAAACUCUAGUUGGUACUGGGGUGUCAUUAUGGUUCUUUCAACUCGCGGUAAGGACCAACUGUGUACGUCAUCAUGCAUAGCCAAUAGUCUAUAUUUUAAAACUGUUAUGUUAUGCAUCAACUGCCGUUUCCCGUCCCGAGUGACGUGUGAUAUGGUGUGUAAAGACCUCCCUACCCUCCUCUCGAUUACAUAUAAUGUAUAAAGUAGUCGCUCAUAUCCCCUAGAAAGAAAAAUAGCUAAUUAGAUUGAGACUAUAGACAAUAUUACUAAUUUCCAUUUUUCAAUUUUAGCAAAGAUAUAUAUAUCUUGG